GCGAAAGUCGCAAUCGAUAAUGACCGACUGAAACGAAAGCAUGUAAAGCACGUUUCAGUCAAAGUUUUCCGAGCCAAGGGUAAACAACCCGUUUCCGGUGCAGGUCCGUGAACCGCUCCAAGAUGCGAAUCGACUAUUGUUAGCACAAUGGCAAACAUGCGAAAACUCUCAACGCUCCGGCAGUUCUCGCUGAACUGCGACAGUCCCACGAUUGACCAGCGGCGAAAGUCCCUCAGGAAGCAAUUUUCCGAAGACUUCUGCGACGCGAAGGAGAAAAUCGGAGCGAAAACCCGCGACCGACCGCAUCCUAUCCGGAUAGCAUGGGCCGACGAGAGCAUCGCAUCCCCGAAGGAAGAAGGCGUCAUAGCCAAGAAGUGCAUCAAGGAGGUGAAAAAGCCGCCAAAAUUGAGCAGACACAGCUCUUUGGAGAAAGAGUCGAUCCUCUACUCCAAACAAGAACUGGCCGAGAGGCUCAGGCAGGCCCUCAAAGACCGCGAGCAGGAGAAACCUAACCUCAACAUCUUCCUAGCUCACAACACCAGCACCGAAGAAGACAUCUACGAAGCCCACGAACCGGAAAUACUCCCGAAGGAGUCGCCGAAAAUCAUGCAGCCGCUGCUAACCCCCUUGGAGAACACGAUGAAGAACGUCUUCCAGAUAAGGAAGAGCAAGGAGAUGGCCUACACUCCGACGAAAUCCAACGCCGUUGUGGUGAUACCCAUUGUGGAGAAGGAGCCGCCGCAGAUUCUUGAAGAUGUAAGUACUCCUCCUUCUAGCGAUCGCAGUUACGAAAAACAAGACCCCAAAGCAAUAAAAAAUGUGAUAAUUAGACCUGCCACGGCUGCUGCCAAACGCGAAAGAUUUCAGAGGCGUAAUAACACAGCUUUCAACUCCGUGAUUAAAGAAGGGGCAAUAAGGCCGCCGUUAGUGAGGUCGUUAUCGGCGCCCACGAAGCCGGAGCAAGUCAAGCCGAAGUUUUUGGCUACGAAGAGGAAGAUCAAGUCGGGGAAGGGCCGAGGGCCGAAGACGCCGACGAGCGAAGACGAUGACAGUCUUAGUAAUAAGGAGAAUCCUAAAAGUAAAAAAGAGUUGAACAGAUUCGUCGCCGUCAACGGCACUGACAUCGUCACCAUGGUGUCCCUCAUCAGCCCCGCCGCCAGCGACACCGACGAAGUGGAAGUGGAAGUCAAGCCCAAAGCCAAAACCUCCCCCAGCAAGCCCAGCCCGGCCAAAAAGGAGGAGAAGGACGGCGCGAAGAACGUGUCCUUGCGAAAAACGGUGAAAUCAGUUUCGUUCCAAUCAUCAAGCAUACAUGCCAUCAGAAGUUUUUCAGCGAGCUUUCCGGCCAGACGCGCUUCGAUGGCCACGUCCUUGAUUCUCGCACACGGAAUGAAAAAUCAAAAAAAUCAAGAGAAGAGGGCCACGAACUCGACGACGCCGGAUGACGACGAAAGGGGGCCGAAACGGAGGCUGGUGAGGAGUGCGACGGACAAGACACAAAGAAGUCCCGAAGAGGACGCCGCUUCCAAGAUUGAAGAAGAAAGAGAGAAACCGGUGAACAGCGACACGAUCACAAUUGACAUUAAAGAAAAGGCGGCUGAAGCACAAGAAACGGUAAAUGAGGAAAAAACGAAAAUCGUUCCUGAGGCGGAAGUCGAGACUAAAGCGAAAGAAAAGGAAGGGAAUGACGACGAGCCGAAGUUUGGUUCGACCAAAGAGAAGGAGUGCUGGGAUAUGUACUGCAAAAUGACGGAUAAAGGGUUGAAAGUGUCGUACGACACGAUUCUAAGAGGAAUGUUGACUCCCACGGAGUACAGAAUGCGGAGAAGAGAAAGUGUUACGCCUGUAACUGAAGAAACAAAUCCACCGUAAUUUAGACGUAGGAAAAUGGCGACGGCCGGCCAUUUGUGUACUUCCCCGUAGUCCCGAGAUUUGUUCAGCGCUUGUUAUAGACGGAUUUUUAUACAAUUUCUUUUUAUAGAGGCAAAUAAUUUUAUAUGUAUGUAUGCGACAAACGCACAACUUAUAUUUUAUAGAAAAAAAGAAAUAAAUUAUAAGAAUCC